UCAUGGGAGUCUAAGCCUAACAUUCUAAGAAGAUAAACGGCGUCGUUGGUUCUCUUCUGCUAUAAAACCGGCAACCUUUCCACUUUAGGGUUUUUAUCGCCAGGGUUUCUAUUUGCAGAUUGAGCCUCUAGCCUCCGAGCUCCGAAGUCGCGAAAAUGCCGUCACACAAGACCUUCCUCAUCAAGAAAAAGCUGGCGAAGAAGAUGAGGCAGAACAGGCCCAUCCCUCACUGGAUCCGCAUGAGAACCGAUAACACCAUCAGGUACAACGCGAAGCGCAGGCACUGGCGCCGCACUAAGCUAGGGUUUUGAGGUGGAAGAGCUUGUUUAAAUUUGAAAUCUUUUAAGUGUUAUUUUUUUUAAAGUUGAUUUUACAAAACUUGAAACGAGAGUUUACAUUUUGGAACAUCUAGAUGGGAUUUUAAUGACGAUGUUUAAUUUCUGUUUA